UUUCGGUAAUAGGUGUGUAAUUUCUCAAAUUUAGUUAGACCAAUACUGAAUUUUCAUUACAGAAAGUGGUUUUACUUCUUAAAUUGGGCGAAACGAAUUUGUAUUUUCCGUUUAGUAAUUGGAAAUUUCAUAAACGUCACGCGAUUCCAAGAUGUCGGAAGUUGAGAACCAAGAUACCAACGGUACGAGUAAUGGAGAUGUGCCUGAAAUUGAACUGAUCAUAAAGGAAGAAUUUGUGCUUGAAAAUGAAAUUUUGGGGAAUGCGAACGGGAGCGAAAUCAACUUAGCACCGAGUGAAGUCUUGAAUGGCGUAGAUGAGAAAGAGAAUAUCGCUCAAUCGAAAUUAUAUCUCAAGCCACAGCAGCAGCACCAAAAUAUCAAUGACUGCAAAACAAUAAACUCUGAAAAACAACCCUCUCCGCUCAAAGAUGUCUUAGCGCAACACAGUAACGAAGCUACAGAGGAUCAUGUUCUUGCACUUACUCAUCACGAUAGUCAACAUUUUUACUUCGAAUUUGUAACACCGAAACCGGACGAAAACUUAUCACAGACUGUCUCAAUUACAGAACGCGCAACAACCAACCAGUUAAGUGAUAAUUUUAACAGCGGAAAGAUUGACGACCGCCUGCCUAUAAAUCAGAAAAAUAGAGUUCCAUUAUCUCAAAAUCAGAUGAUGGAAGAAGCAACAGUCAAAGAGGAACAUUUGCGUUGCAGUAGCGCAGUGAGUAAUUUAGACUUCGCCGCUAUGGUAGCUGAGGCAUGCGAGGGAAUUUUCGAUGAAAUUGAAAAUGAUCUGCGAUCAUAUACCGACAGUAGCGAUAGCAAUAGCAAUAGUUACCAAGGGGUAGAGAUUACUUCGGAUUCUGGCGAUCUCACUGCUCCAGCGAAGAGAAAAAAGAGUGCCCAUAACUCUGAAGCGGUUCAACUUGCGGUGAAUGCUGUGCUGGAAGGUGGCAUGAGUCUGGGUGAGGCAGCAAAACGCUAUAAUGUGGUGCGUUCAACCGUGUCCUCACGUGUAGCAAAACAUCCCAAACGUAAAAGACGAAGGGCUAACAAGGAAUUAGAUGAGCUUAUUCACAGUAAACUUAUGGCCGGUAUACAAAUAUCGCAAAUAUCACGCUCUUUGCAUGUGCCCAAAUCGACUGUUCAUCUACAUAAAACAAGACUUAAGGAGAGUGGAAUGUUGCCGCCUGUAUGGAUCAGGAACGGCAGUAAGGACAUGGUUGAUCAUGGCGUUCAAGAGCGAUUAAAGCAAGCAUAUCGAGGUCACAUCGUAAACGGCAUGUCAGUGCGUUUUGCUGCAGAAUUCUUCUCGCUCCCGCUUACGACCUUAUGGCGAUACAUAAAACGAAGAAAAACCGCGUCUACAACUGCAGUUACUGAUGACAGUAGCAAAAGUGUGCCGGUGGAAUGCUCGAACGACCUCGAGGAAAAUACACUUCAUAAUGCUUCGAAUGCGUUUGAUGAUUUAGAUAUAGAUGAGCAAUCACAAAUGCAGGAAAACAAGUCGCCCUGCGUAUCACCUAAAUGUUAUACAGAUUUGCUAACGGUUUUUGAUAAAGAUGAAGAAAUGCUAGAGCAGUCCUUGCUGGAUCAUCUUUUAGAAUAACAUAUUGAUUAUUUCUAUUUAUUUUGGAUCUCAAUGAUUGGUUAGGACUGUUGACUGUUCAUACAUGAAUUUUCCUCUUAAUAAAUAUUAUUGAAAUAUAAAUAUUUUGAUUUGUUAUUUAAGCUACGGCGAUACGCUCAUGCAUUUGCUGUCCAGCAGCUUAUAUGCGUGCGUGUCGGGUGACACACACACUUGUUUCGUGUCACACAUACUUCUUGUCGGCUUUUGCAUGAUGAAAAUCAAUAAUUUUAGAUUUUUCGCGGGCAAGCCUCAUGCACCCGACACGCACACAUAUAAGCUGCUGGACAGCAAAUGCAUGAGCGUGUCGCCGUAGCUUUACUUCAACACAUAUUAAACAAGCCAAACCUAAACAUAAAAAAUUAGUUUUUGCGAAAAAUUGCGAAGACUGAUCCGAUGUGAACGAAAUUUUAGAAAUUGAAUCCAAAUAUGCCAUAAAAUUUGUAUUUCGAUAGGUGACAGUUGUCAAAUAAACUGUCUAUCUCUAUAAAUAAAAAAAAACGUCCACAAAUACAUCACCUGCAGUUUUAAGUUCA